CAAAUAAGUUCUAAAUGGCGCGCCGUUCAGUCCUCAUUACCGGUUGCAGUCAAGGCGGUGCCGGCGAAGCUCUUGCACGGAUAUUCGUCCAAAAUGGGUUUAAAGUGUUUGCAACGGCAAGGAGUCUUCGCAGAAUCCAACAUCUGGAAGCCGAGGGUAUUGAUAUUCUAGAGUUGAAUGUUUUGGACAGUAUUUCCCUUGAGAAGACUACUGAAACUGUCUCUAGCCUGACUGGUGGAACGCUUGAUAUUCUCAUCAACAAUGCAGGAGCAGGUUACAUGACACCACUGCUAGACAUGGACCUCGGCAAAGCUUGCAAGCUCUUCGAUGUGAACGUCUUCGCACCAAUCAGCGUCGUCAAAGCUUUCAUUCCACUUCUCAUUGCCAACAAAGGGACGAUCAUUAACAUCGGCUCCUAUGUCGAUGCCCUGCCUGUGCCCUGGCAGGGGGUCUACAAUGCUUCCAAAGCUGCGCUUAGAUCGCUUACUGACAACUUGCGGCUGGAGCUACGCCCAUUUAACGUUGAUGUGGUCUAUAUUGCCGCUGGAGGAAUCAGGAGUAAAUUCCUCGACAACUUGGAGACUAUUCAUCUGAACAAAACGUCGCUCUACUACCCUGGGAGAGAAAUACUUGAGCCAAAGAUGAAUUACGAAAAUGAGAAAAGCGCACCCAGCAGCAUGCUGCCGAUGGAAUUCGCCCAGGAAGUGUACGAAGCUGCAAUUGCCAUGGUUUCUCUCCACAGAGUAUAUGCUGGUACACAAGUGCCGGCAGCUCUGAGUACUAUGCCUCCCUCUGAGAGGGACCAGCUUCUCGCCGGCAGAGCCGGAAUAGCAGCAUUUGCAGAGCUAAUACAGAAACGUGAUACAUGAUCUGGCAUAACGUUGUCCUUAUCUUCUAGAUAAUCUCUUAUGAAUGUGUUAUCUCAUUGACACGCAAUUUCAAAUGCCUUUCACAUGCGUUGUGUUUUUAUCAAGUGCAACCCCCAGAAAUGACUUCGUUUGGUGUACGUCGAGCACUUCCAGGUCCUGCCAGAUUCUUAUACAAUGUCUGUGACGGCGGGAUCAAUGCAAUGGUCGAAGGCUCAAAGUUCAAUGAAUCUCAUGUAUUGAAAAUACUAAGCUAGAGAGCAAAGAAGGGAGGAAUGCCUCGACCUUUAGUAGUGCUUUGCCCAUACCUUCUGGCUUAGUUCCCUGUUUUGUUGGAACUGAGUGUACGCUGGUACACUGUAGUUUAUAUACCAGGUGUAUAUAUAGAGUGCUUACCCCGCGUGAGCUGAAAAAUCAAGUCGUCAAC